UUAAUUUUCUCCUCUCUUUGCAUCCUCCACCUUUAAAAUCCCCACUUCAAACCGACCUUCCACCACCACCACGAAAACCCCCCUCCGCCUUCAAAUUCCGGCCAAACUCUACCGCCAUGAACGGCCACAAGCGAAACACCACCACCGCCACCGCCACCGCCACCAACAGCAGUCCCGUCGGCAGCCCCACCUCUGGCAACAUCUCCGACAGCUCCACGAAAGAACAAGACCGUUUCCUUCCGAUCGCAAACGUGAGCCGAAUAAUGAAAAAAUCCCUUCCGCCGAACGCGAAAAUCUCGAAAGAGGCGAAAGAGACCGUACAAGAAUGCGUGUCGGAGUUUAUCAGCUUCAUCACCGGUGAGGCCUCGGACAAGUGCCAAAGGGAAAAACGGAAGACGAUCAACGGCGACGAUUUGCUCUGGGCCAUGACCACUCUGGGAUUCGAAAAUUAUGUCACCACUUUGAAGACUUACCUCAACAAAUAUAGAGAAACAGAGGAGGAGAAGCAUUCUUUGGCCAGACAGGACGAUCACUCCCCGUCUCCUGCAAAAUCCACGGCGGCGGUCUGUCCAGCCGAACCGAUUAUUGGCGGGAAAUCGGCCAAUUCCGUGUUCGAUUUUCAGAAUUUAAAUUCUGGGUUUUAUUCACUCGGGGCUCAUAAUCAUAAUCACAACCAUCAUCAAGGAAAUCCAAAGAGUUACCAUAUAAUCGACGGCGUUGGAUUUGGGGAAAAUUUAAGGGGUUUCAAUUUGAGUGCAGUCCAUGAAAAUGAAGGAAAUCGAGGUCGAGCUAUGGCGCCUCAUCUUCAACAGAGCUCUGGUUGGUGAUUUGAUUAUAUAUACUCGAAAGAAUUAAUGAAAAAUCUUUUUUUUUUUUUUUUUUUUUUUGAAUUUCCAUGUCAAGUUUAGAAUAUAUUAAUGAGAAUUUAUCAUAGUCUAAUAAAUAAAUUGGAAUUGAUGGUAGGAUUUAAAGAGUUAAAAGAGUAUGGUUUUAUGGAGAGAUUUUAGAGAGAAUUAUAUUUAAAUUUUAUUGUUAUAAAAGUGAUGGGAUGUGGGAUUUGAAUCUAU